AUGGAGGAUGCGGAACCAAAUGACAGGAGAACAACAGCAAUUUCAAGGGAGGAAGUCAAACAAGCAUUGAAAAGGAUGAGUGAUGGGAAGGCAACAGGGCCAGAUAACAUACCUGUAGAGGGAUCUUCUCUGAGCCCAUAUCUGUUCAACCUACUCAUGGAUGAUAGUGUUCAGAAUAUAAAGGAGGAGGCACCGUGGGCCAUGUUGUUCGCGGAUGACAUCGUCUUGGUGGAUGAAAGUAAAGAUGGUGUAGAGAGAAAGUUGGAGAGAUGGCGAGGAGCAUUGGAAGAGAGAGGUUUGAGAAUUAGUCAGGAGAAGACGGAGUAUCUGAAUUUUAAUGGUCGACAGGAGAGUGAAGUAUGGACGCAAGAUAUGAAGUUAAAGGGUGUCAAGGAGUUCAGAUACUUGGGCUCUCAUAUAUCAGCGGACGGCAACCUGGAUGGAGAGAUCAUUCACCGUAUCCAAUCGGGCUGGAAGAAUUGGAAAAGAACAACUGGAGUGCUCUGUGACCGAAAAAUUAGUGCAAGAACAUUGCCUGUGUCCACCACCCCUUGCCGGGGAGGGGAAGUGGUAGCGGGAACCACCAUGCUCUACACGACCGCUAGAGAAUCCACACAUCCACCCCAGCAACUCAGGGCGCAGAGCAGAGGGCGCAUGAAAACUGUCAUAGUGUUUUGUGCUUUUUGUUUGUUUGUGCUAGUAGCAGCAAUAGUUUUUUAUAAGGCUAGUGAGGACGUGCAGUGUGCUGGGAGCUACACUGUCCGCUGA